AUGACUGCCUCUACCAAAGUAGGACCAGGUGACCCAGUUAGAGAAGCAUUGUAUUCACAGCAAGGAGCUCCACAGAGCCCUCCUCCAAAUGUAAACAGCACUCGAAUGUCAGCCACCACUGCUAGUGUAGAGUUGGAUGGGAUAAGCUGGGAGGACCUGAGAGGGUGGCUGGUGGACUAUGAGAUUGGGUAUAGUAGUGCGAUGAUGUCUGCCCACCAGCAGUGCCCUGCUAAUGACUCCACCUACACUGAGAUUCUGUCUGUUGAUAAUGAAGGAGAGUAUGAAUUGACUGGUCUAGAUCCAGGACUGCAGUACUGUGUAAGACUGGCUGGGAGGACCAGUGCUGGAGCUGGACCUUUCUCACACACCCUCAUUCCAUGGUACACAAACAGUCUUUUCACAAUCACACUUGAGAGGGAAAACUGCACAGAAUGGAUUGCAAUGGAGCCAGCAGAGAUAGCUCAAGAUAUUGCCAAGAGCGUGAGCAACGGGAUUGAACUCACUUGUAACUGCACAUUCUCCAGCGAUUAUAUUACAGACAGACAGCUAAGUUGUCAAAACAAGAACCUGGCAUUUAUGGGCAGGAUAAUAAGUACUCUAGAUAGGGAGAGCACUGUUCUCUUGGAAGACUUUCAAACGUGGCUCAUGAGUGAAUCAACAGUAAAAGCCAAGAGUGAACAACUCAAACUCGCAAGGAACAGAAUCAGCAACGAAGAAACAGAAUCAGCAAAGAAUGAAACAGCGACGUCAGCUACUGCCAGCAAUGGGAGGGUAGAGGACGAAAAAGACAAGUCUUCUCCAAGUGGGUCAAGUAUUGUAGGAGCUACAAUUGGAGGAGUUGUGACUGUUGUAGUUCUACUGCUGGCUGUUGUUGUGUUCAUCGUAACUGCAGUUGUGGUGCGGUGGAAACUCAGGAGUAAGUCAUCUGUGAAGUGCACACCAGUCAGUAUUUUGGAUGACAAAACCAGCAGGAGUUCCCCCCUUCGAAAACACUCAUUCUCCUCAUUGUUUUCCAAUCAUGGAAGAGACAACACACAUCCCCGUAAGACGCCUCUCAAGCCAACAUUGACGACACCUCACAAUCCUCCAAACACACCACCAAAGCCUCCAGCUAAACCUCUGCGGAUAUCAGCCAAGACACCUCCGGAGCAUCAAAAGCUACCAUUCGAGCCAUUGAAAAUGCAUCCCAAGCCACAAACCCUACCACCUAAGCCAUCGCUCAAGCCUCAAACCCUGACGCCCAAGCCAUUGCUCAAGCCUCAAACCCUACCACCUAAGCCAUUGCUCAAGCCUCAAACCCUACCACCUAAGCCAUUGCUCAAGCCUCAGCCACUAACACCCAAGCCACUGAAAAUACCACUGAAGCCUCCAUGCAACAACCUUAAACCUCCCGUGCCUCCAAAGAUAGUGGCCAAAAAUAUGCGGAGGCUCCCACCAGUCCCAUAUGAACUGCCCGUCGCUCAACUUGAAAAUGUGUACGAGGAUCCUGAUAAAAUGGAGGCCAAUGGGGGAACCACAAGUCUGCGUAAUGCUGUAUAUCAAGGGGCCGGACGGAGAAUGAGGGCAGAAGACAUUGAGAAGCUCUACACUAAAGUGAAGAAAGUGAAGAAAUGAGACAAGGAUACAUAACUGCAACAAAUAACUAGUAUUAGCAUGUAUAUUGCACAAGAGAUUGCACACAGCACAGCUACCCCCACAUAUUAAAAGCUCGCUUUG